AUGACAUCAUCAGCACCAGCGGUGGGUUUCAUCAGGGGGCUCAGUAACCAGGGCGACCUGACCGGUGGGCUUUGUUCGUCCUCAAGUUCUUCCGGAGAGACUCCCGGUGACCGGCUCCCCCCUGUCCCCACAGCGCGUUUCCUGGAGCAGGCUAAGUCUGAGUGUCACUUCACCAACGGGACAGAGCGGGUGCGGUAUCUGGACAGAUACUUCCAUAACCGGGAGGAGAACGUGCGCUUCGACAGCGACCUGGGGAGAUAUGUGGCGCUGACGGAGCUGGGGCGGCCUGACGCCGAGUACUGGAACAGCCAGGAGGAGCUCCUGGAGCGGAAGCGGGCCAAUGUGGACAGGUACUGCAGAUACAACUACAGGGUUGAUGAGAGCUUCUCGGUGCAGCGGAGAGGUGAGCGCGGG